AUGAUGAAUUUCUCCAACAAUCUAAGAUCCCUUGUAGGUUUGAAGGGAUGGGAUUAUUGUGUAAUUUGGAAGCUGAGUGGAGAUCAAAGGUUCAUUGAGUGGUUGGAUUGCUGUUGUGGUGGAAGUGAUCCAAGCAUUGAAGAUGGAGAAGUUGAUCAUCAUUUUCCACUGCUUUCUCCAAUCCUUCCUUGUAGGGAUGUCAUGUUUCAACACCCAAGAACUAAAUCUUGUGAACUUCUUGCUCAAUUGCCUUCAUCCAUGGCAUUAGAUUCAGGGAUCCAUGCACAAAGUUUGAUGUCAAAUCAACCCAAGUGGUUAAACUUCUCUGCUAGCUCAGAUUCAAGUCUUCUGGAAGAAGCAAUUGGAACUAGGGUUUUGAUUCCAAUUCAUGGAGGAUUGAUUGAGCUCUUUGUCACCAAACAAGUGCCUGAAGAUCAAUGUCUGAUAGAUUUUAUCACAACACAGUACUACAACUAUAUUUCAUUGGAGGAGGAACAACAAGAAGCAAUAUUGAACAAUUCAAGCAAUAACACGAACACAUGCUUCUCAACAACUAAUAAUGCUAAUAAUCAUCCAAUGAUCAUGAACAACAAUGAUCAGCUUCAAUCAUCCAGUAUUAAUGGUGAUCUCCCAUUCGACAUCACGGUGGACCGAAUCCGGCUUUCUAGUCCUCCCAAGAACUUCUUGCACCAAUUCAACUACUCCCCAGAUUCCACAAUCAGUAACAACAAUGGUGAUCAUGAUCAAAUGCGGUAUGUUGAUGCUAUUAAGGAUGGGAAUGAUAACGAUUCAUCGAUCAAACACGAGACCGCGACAAGGCAGCAGCGAUCAGAUUCUGCCUCGGAUAAUUAUUGCAGUGAUCAAAAUGAUGAUGAAGAUGACAAUUCCAAGUGUAGGGGAAGGAGCCAGAAAGGACCGCAAGCCAAGAACCUUAUGGCAGAGAGGAGGAGGAGGAAGAAGCUCAAUGACAGGCUCUACACUCUUAGGUCUUUGGUUCCUAUAAUUUCCAAGCUGGACAGGGCUUCAAUUCUUGGGGAUGCAAUUGAAUUUGUGAAGGAGCUGAAAAAGCAAGCAAAAGAACUCCAAGAUGAGCUUGAAGAUCAUCAUUCAGAUGAUGAUGACCACAACAGUGUGAUGAUGCCAGACAUUUUGAGCCAAAUGGGAGUCCCUUCAACUUGGACCAAUUCUGUAUCUGAACAUGAUGAUCAUCAUCAUCACAAAUCUUCAAAUGGGUUUUAUGGGACUGCCAACAUCUCCAAACAGAACAAUAAUCAUGAUUUUGAAAGUACUGCUGACAAGGCUCAACAAAUGGAGGUGCGAGUGGAAGUGGCACAAAUAGAUGGGAAUGAGUUCUUUGUGAAGGUUUUUUGUGAGCAUAGACCAGGAGGCUUUGUCAAGUUAAUGGAGGCCUUUAAUUCGUUGGGCCUGGAAGUGACUAAUGCUAAUGCGACCAGCUUCAGAGGCCUUGUCUCUAAUGUCUUCCAAGUCGAGAAAAAAGCCAGUGAAAUGAUUCAAGCUGAUAAUUUGAGGGAGUCACUGAUGGAAUUAACUCGAAACCCAUAA